CCCCCAAAAAAAAAAAAGGAGAGAAGGGAGGAAAAGACAGAGAUAUCAAAGAAAUAAAAGGGAUAGGCGACUUAUACUACUCAUGAUGGCGGCAAAGACGGCCGGCAUAUUUUUCCUAUCAGACUUGACACCCCCUUCCAUCGAACGGACAUGGUUAACAGCACCACACCCAAGAAUCCCAAUCGUCGCGGCAUGCAGCUCUGACAAAACUGUCCGGAUAUAUUCGUUGACCAACUUCAGGCUUCUCUCGACUGUUUCCGGGGGCCACAAACGCAGUGUGAGAACAUGUGCCUGGAAACCACAUGUACAAGGUGAGAGUGUUCUUGCCACGGGUAGCUUCGACGCGACAGUAGGUAUCUGGAGACGAUGGGAUAAUUAUGGAAGCGGCGACUCCGCGGAUGGUACAUGGGAUAUCGACGGAUCUGCAAACGAGGUCAGGGAUGCGGAUUCCUCUCUCCCAGACAGAGGUUAUGACAGGGACGACGACGAGGAAGAAUGGCGGUUUGCAGUCCUGCUAGAUGGACAUGACAGCGAAGUAAAAUCAGUGUCGUGGUCGCCGUCGGGCAUGUUACUAGCUACCUGCUCCCGGGACAAGUCGAUAUGGAUCUGGGAGGACCUUGAUGAUGGAGAUAACAACUUCGAGACCGUGGCCGUUAUGCAGGAGCAUGGAGGCGAUGUCAAAUGCGUAGCAUGGCAUCCGGUCGAGGAGUGCUUGGCAAGCGGCAGCUACGAUGACACAAUACGACUAUGGAGAGAGGAUAUCGACGAUUGGACCCAAGUAGCUUGUAUUAAAGGACAUGAGGGAACGGUGUGGUCUGUCGACUGGGAAGCCGUGGAUAAUGUUCCAUCCUCUUCAUUACCUGGACUAUCCAACGGAAGCACUUCUCCGGCUGUUUCUCGAUGGAAAGAACAGAAUGCCGUCUCGGGACCUCGACUCAUCUCGAGUUCCGACGACCGCACAAUUCGCGUUUGGAGACGACAACCAAAGGAUCAACAGCGCUACAACACUUCCAACAUGCCAAGCAUCAUUCGUCCUACUGGGAUAGAAGAGUCUUGGGAGGAGGAAGCCAUUUUACCUCGAGUACAUGAUCUUUCCAUCUACACUGUUGCAUGGAGCAAGCGAACCGGUCUCGUCGCCUCUGUCGGUGCAGACGGGAGGAUUGUUGUAUAUGAAGAACAAUUUAUGCCUACAACCACUAUCUCUUCUAGGAAUGAUCAGGAAGAAGCAACGCAAGAAGACGAAGAAGCCGGGGUAGAAGCAGAAGCUAUGGAAAUGGACUCUCCCGCACAGCGGACUAAAUGGUCAAUCAUUGCUUCCCUGCAAGGUGCGCAUGGUGUUUAUGAAAUUAACCACGUCGCGUGGGCGAAGCGUGCUGAUCGCGGUCGACGGCAAGAUAAAGAGGAGGAGGUUCUAGUCACGACAGGCGACGAUGGAAGCGUCAAAGUUUGGGGUAUUGGCCAUGCAAGGUAAAACCAUUUCUGGUGAUACCUGGUAUCGUAAUGCAUCUUUUAGGUGGCAUAUUGUCGAGUAUUUGGCCAGGAAAGCUGCAAAUGCAAAUGCAAUGAAAUAUCUUCCGGAUAGAUAGAGGAAAAGUUACAAUUGAAACAGACG